AAGCUCGAGCGCCUGUGUGCAUUUACGGUGGGGGCGUGGCCCGGCCGCGGUUUAGUCAGACUGCGCGGCCGGACGCCGGCGCCAUGGAGGAGUACGCUCGGGAGCCUUGCCCAUGGCGAAUUGUGGAUGAUUGCGGUGGCGCCUUCACUAUGGGUGUUAUCGGCGGUGGAGUCUUCCAGGCCAUUAAGGGCUUCCGCAAUGCCCCUGUCGGAAUUCGGCACCGAAUGAGAGGCAGUGUCAACGCUGUGAGGAUCCGAGCCCCUCAGAUUGGAGGUAGCUUCGCAGUGUGGGGGGGCCUGUUCUCCACCAUCGACUGCGGUCUGGUGCGGCUGCGGGGCAAGGAAGAUCCCUGGAACUCCAUCACCAGUGGAGCAUUGACCGGGGCUGUGCUGGCUGCCCGCAGUGGCCCAUUGGCCAUGGUGGGCUCAGCAAUGAUGGGAGGCAUUCUGUUGGCCCUCAUCGAGGGUGUUGGCAUCCUCCUCACUCGCUACACUGCCCAGCAGUUCCGCAAUGCACCCCCAUUCCUGGAGGACCCCAGCCAGCUGCCCCCUAAGGAGGGUACCCCAGCCCCAGGCUACCCCAGCUAUCAGCAAUACCACUGAGGAAGUGACCGCCUGUCAUCGCCACCGUGGGAGCUCCUCCUUGGUUCCCUCCGCGAUGAUCUACCUCGAAGGGAGGGCUGGCUCCCGGUUGGCCCUGGGACCCUCCAGAGAGGGCCUCUACUCUGUUCCCUUAUCCCAGGUUGGGGGUGGGGCACCCCAGCUGCCCUGAUGGGUGGGUCCCUUCUCUCUCAGGCACCCCAGCCCCCACUCAUAUGUAACAAGCUCUCACCCCAGUCCCUUUGCAUGGCGCCCUGAUCAGUAUUUAAAGCCAGUUUUGAAAUGCC